AUGGCGUCCGAUAGCAAUAAUACGAAAAUUGGCAACUAUUCGUAUCCGUUUGCGGACUUGGCGGAUGAGCGGACGCGGAAUUGGCCACUGGUUGAGUCGCCUUGGAACGUACCCGCCCUGCUGGCCCUCUAUUUGCUGAUGGUGGCCUACGGGCCCAAGUGGACAGCCAGGUACAAGCCGCUGCAGUUGAGGGUGCCCUUGUUUUGCCACAGUUUAGCCAUGGCCUUCCUAAAUGCCUAUAUCUGUCUGGAACUCUUCACGGCAACGCGAGCCCUCGACUAUAGCCUCAGCUGUCAGCCGUGUCGGGUGAGCUAUAGCCCACAUGAAAUGCGGAUUGCCGCGGCCUUUUGGUGGUUUUACAUCUCAAAAAUACUGGAAUUCGCCGACACGGCUUUCUUUAUCCUGCGCCACAAGUGGACGCAGCUGAGCUUCCUGCAUGUGUACCACCACAGCACCAUGUUUGUCUUCUGCUGGAUCUUCGUCAAGUGGUUGCCGACGGGUUCGACUUAUGUACCAACUAUGAUUAACUCCUUCGUUCACAUCAUAAUGUACAGCUAUUAUGCUCUGAGUGUACUGGGUCCUCGCAUUCAGAAGUUUCUCUGGUGGAAGCGCUACUUAACUGGCCUCCAGCUGCUGCAGUUUACCACAGUCUUGUUGUGGGCAUCACAGCUGGUUCUCCGAGGCUGCGAGUACGGAACCUGGCUAACCCCAGUUGGAGCAGCCUAUAUGGUUCCAUUUCUAUAUAUGUUCGGUAGAUUCUAUGUAGAAAAAUACAAGGCAUCCACAGCCGCCAAGAAAGCUGAGUAA